AAAAAUCCUACAACUGCAUAGCUGAAUGACACAUUUUCAUUCGCCUCUUAUUGAAAGCGACUGUAGCCCCGUGCCCGUUUGAGCUGAGAGGAGCAAUUUAAUAAGUUUAAACUUUUGAUAAUGGCGGUGUCUGCUAGUAUGCCUAUGCAAUGUGUGCGUGUUGUCAAAUCAGCUACUUGUGGGCGAAGUUUGGUCUUCACUUCAGAAUUUGCGAGGGGACAUUGUAUCCUUGAAGAUUUGCCAUAUGCAUAUACACUGCACGACAACAAAAAAGGACUCUUCUGUGAUUUUUGCCUCAAACAAUGUUCGACUCUUAAGAAGUGUACCAGAUGCAAUUAUGUAAGCUACUGCAAUAAAUCAUGUCAGCAAGAAGACUGGGCAAGAUGUCACAAGCAAGACUGCAAAACACUGAAGAGAUUACACCCCAUGCCCUAUCCAUACUUGGUUCAGCUUCAUUAUCAUAUCUUCCAGAAGCAAAGACGAUCCCCUCCGUGCACUCAGGAUGAUGAGGAUUGCUUUCCAACCAUCAUAGACCACUUGGAAUCCCAUCAUGACAAGCUGAGCGAUACGAGAAGGGAUGAAUUUGAGACAUUGUUGAUUGUGUUGAAGCAUAUAUAUAAUUGGGCAGGGGAUGUCUUACCUGAGCCAAGCAGCUUGUUGAAGAUAUUUGGGGCGACUCUCUGCAAUGGCUUCUCAAUAAUGGAUGAUGAUCUGAUUGGCAUUGCAGAUGGGAUAUACUUGAGAGCAUCUAUGUUGAACCAUUCAUGUGAUCCUAACUGUGUAGUGGUGUUUGAUGGGAGAAAACUUCAACUCAGGGCCAUUAAAGAUGUCAGAGAAGGAGAAGAGUGUACUAUCAGCUAUGUAGAUGUCAGUGAACCAGCUAAAGAGAGACAGGCUGAGCUGAAAGAAAGAUACCACUUCACCUGCAAGUGUGUGAAAUGCAUCGAAGAAAUCAAUUCAUUGGGGCCAGAUGAUGAUUUAGAUAAAGAGCUCCGAAGCCGUCUGAAGAAAACCUGGGAGCAAAUAGAGGUUGAAGUGGAGUCACACAAUAUCCUUUGUCGCCAUUAA